UUAAGUGCCGUUGAUUGCACGGCACCCCAGCACAUGGAGAUGACAAUGGUGAAACUCUUCACCAAGUCCAUUCUCAAAUUCCUCAUUCAACUCCAUGCAAAGGGAAUCGUGCAUGGGGACAUCAAGCCGAGGAACAUGUCGAUUAAAGAGCCUGGGGCAGGGACCAUCCGGAUGAUGAGUUUUGAAAACAGCUUUUUGGUGGGACGCCAACGUUCACAGAAUUUUUGUUCCCACGCGUACCUUGCCCCAGAGGUGUACCUGGGCCACAUGUCAUCUUUCCCGGUUGACAUGUGGGGACUGGGUUGUACAGUGGCCGAGUUGGCUACCGGACGCAUCCUCUUUCCGGCCAUCAACAAACUCGACCAGCUCCCGUGUUAUAUGGAGGUAUUGCCCACACAGCAGUAA